AUGUUUUCAGUUGUCGACGCGAUGGGCAAACUGCCGGCCGGUUUCCUCGAGGGCACCGUCACUUCGUUUGGCAACGUCGACGAGUGCACUGACAUACUGGUGCCCGACGACGACUACGACGACGGCUUUCACGGCAAGUACUGCUUACUAUACCUGAGGCCGGAGGUGCCCCGGAAGGUGGCCUUCAUCAAGCACACCGACUAUCUGUUUAAUCUGACGGGCACUCCGGCCGAGGGAACGGUAUUCGAGCACCUGUCCCAAGUGUUCACCGGUAUAUACAGCGUGGGCGCUAUACGACUGGGCGUGUGUGUGCCGUCUAAUUGUCAAAAUGGUGACAUUAAGCCGUUAUUAACGCAAAUCUUCAAACCGUAUAAAAUCGACGCCGACUUAAGCGAGAAAUGUCUGUCAAAACACGACUCCCGGGGCCUCACGGUUCACCAGAAAGUGUCUUUAGCCCUGUUAUCGGUGAUGACACUAUUAGUGGCGAUGGGCUCCCUGUCCGACAUCAUCACCAACGGAUCCAACGGUGGAUUAGUGCGCAAAUCGUUGCACUGUUGGUCACUACUUAGAAAUUAUGAUCAACUCGUGAGCCCAUCCGGCAAACGGAACCGACUCAUGGCCGCCGUCCAUGGGAUCAGGGUAUUGACGAUCAUCUGGACGACCAUCAAUCACACCUACACUUUCGGGGGUUUCUAUAAGAUUCAGUGGACUUACAAGAGUUUGUCGCAGGUGCGAAAAGUACCCGAGUCAUUCAUGUUUCAAUUAGUGUUCAACGCGUGGGCAUUAGUCGAGACUUUUUUCUUUCUCAGAAUGAUACCCUCCGUGUGCGGCAUAAUAGCCGUCAACUUUUUGUGGCCCCUUUUGACUACUGGGCCGAUUCUGAUCGACGACUCCACCGACACUUAUGUCACCAAUAAUUGCCACAAUAAUUGGUGGCAUAACUUGCUGUUAAUCAAUAACUGGUUCAGCCCGGAUGACAUUUGUUUAAUAAAUACAUGGUAUUUAAGUGCCGACUUUCAGAUGUAUGUCGAGUAUCACCUCAAAUAUGGAUAUUUCCCGACAUUUCAACACUUCGGGCCCUAUUGUAUGGGAAUAUUUGUCGGAUACUUUAUACUCAAUACACCGAAUAAUUACCGAUUGCCCCAGACCCAGAGCAUAAUCUCAUGGAUCGUAUGUCCGCUCAUCAGUCUGUCAGUCCUACUAUUUACAUACAACUGGAAUAAUGGGGUCGAGCCGAGUAGGCUUUCCUCGAUAUUAUACUCGAGUCUCUCGCGAACCAUUUGGUGCACCGGCUUGUCGUGGAUUACAUACGUUUGCUGUAUUGGCUCCGGAGGAGUCGUCAAUAGACUACUGUCUCAUCCCGUGUUUGUGCCGCUGAGUCGACUGAGUUUUGGCGUAUAUUUGUCUCAUUUGGUGAUCAUAUUCAUCAUAUUCUUCACGAGAAAGUCGGUCACCGAUUGGACGCACUUUGAUUUCCUUACUAACGGAAUGGUGACCAUUAUAUUAAGCUAUGUGUUGGCACUAGUGUUGUAUUUCUUAUUGGAGGCGCCGUUCGCUAACUUUGAAAAAAUACUCAUAUCAAACAUAUAG